ACCAUCAGCGGAAGAAUUUGAAGGACCGUUGACCAUGCAGGUGGAAAAACAAUAUCCAAAUAAACGGAUAAAUAGAGCAGCUGUGGAUGCAGAUAAAGACUUGACUCGAGUCCCAUCAUUGUGAUUUACAGUCUGGGUGACGUUGGAGCUUCUUGUGGCGGAUUAAUAACCGGUCGUAAAGAAGAAGAAGGAGAAGAGGGAAGACUCCGAUAAAGGAAGGAGGACAAAAGGGGGAGACUGUUAAAAAAAAAACAAAGAAGGGGGCGAGCGGAUAAAGCCUGAGUGGAGACCAUGAGCUCCGCACUCCCUUACGACUCGCUGUCGGCCCGGCCGAGUCCCAGCAGACGGGCUUUGGAUUGGGAGCGGGAGCAGCUAGCAGUCAGAAGACUUUCCUCCCCGCUUGGUGUGAACCUGCUCACUCCUCCUCCUCUUCCUCGGCGACCUUCAGCCAUCCCAGGCUACCUGCUGCCUCCCUACCAAGAUCAAGAGGAGCAGCUUCACCAGCAGCACCAGCGUCUGUCUUUGUCCGUUUGCUCCGAAGCCUCGCUGGCGCCUCCCGCACCCCCACCGGUGGGUGCUGCCCCACCUUGCUGUCGCCCAGUGGGAGUCAUGCACCUCCUCCGUCUGGGUCUCCUGGCUUUCAGCUGCCUCUUCUGGGCAGCAGGGUUGGCCAUCUUCACCCUUGGUGUUUGGGCGCAGAUCUCCUUGGCGGACUACAUGACCCUUUCAGCCAAUCGGUACCCCAACGCCCCCCUUAUCCUUCUUUCUACUGGGGCCGCUGUUACUGCUUGGGGGUUCCUCGGUUGUCUUGGGGUGGCUGCAAACCUGCCCUGCGUCCUGAGAGCCUACGGGUUCUUCCAACUUGCUACUCUAGUCGCCGGUUUGGCCGCUGGACUUUCUGGGCUCUUCUACCGUGAAGACAUUGCUGGAGGAUUUCGCAGUGGCUUGCUCCGAGCCGUGGCAGGCUAUACGGAGGAUGAAGGCCGGGCCGAUGCUCUAGAUAGUCUGCAGAGAGCUUUGGAGUGCUGCGGUGCUGAGAGUUGGCGUGACUGGCUGAAUUCGGACUGGGCCAUCCAGCACAUGACUUUCCUUCCUGCUGAGAACGGCACUUCGGUCUCCCUUCCCGACAGCUGCUGCGUGAGGCGGAAGGGUUGCAGGAAUCGGCCGCUCCUGUCGGAUGACAAUGACGGAGUGGCGGCUGCAGGAAUCCAUCCACACGGCUGCUUCCGGAAGGUCUUCAGCUUGGUCAACGACAACGUCUUCCAUAUUGCUGCCACUGUUUUAGGGUUGGCCUUCACACAGAUCGGGGGCAUUGCCCUGGCUUGUCUUCUGGCCAACAAACUGACACCCAGACAGCACGGACGUGUUGUGGCACACUAAAGAUUCAACUGAUCUAUUGACAGGUUGGCUCUGAAUGAGGGAUGACAUCUCAGAGAAGUAAAGUAUAGGAAGAGGAGGUUUGUUGUUCAGGGCGAAAGAAUAAAAAAUGUGACCUGUUAUCCAGAACAGGUUAGGAGAGAUUUACAGGUUAAUCAAAACAUAGUAAUUAAUUUUUUUCUCCCACAAAUUCAUUCUUAAAUAAUGAGAUUUUAGUCUGCACGAAUGAUCUGUUUUAGAGCAUUUUGUCACUUUAAAUCCAAAUAACCUGCUGCUGGCCACGCCCCCCAACUCAACAUUUACACUCGCAUACAAAAUGUCUGCAAACAGAUGCACAAUUAUAUAGCCAGGCAUCUUUGAAAAGCAGAAGUGGAGCCUCCUGCACAAGCAACAAGAAUGCAGCAAGUGGUUUCUGGGUGGUAAGUCAAAAACAAAACACUUCUGUUUUCCAGCAGCCAUUGUAAACCCCAUACAGUGAUAAAACCAGCUGAUCAAACAUGCUGGAACUCUGCUGCGGUUGCUAGGCAGUGCCUGCUGGUUUGUGAAGUUACUUUCCAGUGGUUUUUGAAACGGCUCAUUUCCCAGACACCAAAAAACAUUAAAGUAUUGCCAAAAAAACAACAACAAAAAACAGCUGGGUGUUUUUUUUAAACCCAGUUAAGACCCAAAUGGAAGUAUAAAAAUGUGCUAAAUUUAAAUAGGUCCCCUUUAAAGCUCAUAGAUGGCAAUUUGCUGUGAAUUGUUGUACUUGGGAUGCAAGUAGAGAAAUUAUAGUUGCCGCAUUUAUAUCUGCUUAGUGAAUUUGGCCCAUUUGAGGUGAAUAUUGGAAGAUUCAACAGCUGCUGUUCAUGUUUAGAAACAGCUCUACCUCAUCAUUAUCUCCCUUAACUAAUGUUUCUUCAGCCUUGACGUUUGCGCAAGUUGGGGCAAAAACAUUGGGUACCAGAUAUUUAAGCUUUCUGUGGCAAGGAAGAAAAGAAAUUGAGGUUGGACCAUGAAAGGAAAGAAGGAAGGAAGCAAAAAAGAAGGAAGUCGGGAAAUACAGAAAGAAAGAAUAAAAGACACAAGACAUAAUGGGAAGUUGGAAAGAAGGUGGAGACAUAGGAGGAAGAAAUGACGAUAAAUAAAAAAUGAAGGACAUGAAGGAGAAAAGCAGGACAAAAAGAAGAGAAAAUACAGAAGGUAGGAGGCAAAGAUACAAAGAAAGGAAAUAAAGACUGGAGAAAAAAGGAAAAUACUAAAUACAUAUUCCAAAUUUUUCCAAAUUUUGUAGGAAUUGUGAUUUCUUUGGUCUCUCUUCCUUGGAAAUGGAUAGAAAUUGUUUCAAUCUGACCAACUUCUAAAACUUGCAGCAGCUACAACGGGGUGCCAUGGUGAUGACAGCGUUCAGUAAUAACAGAAUAUAAAUUAUCUAUAUAUGUAUAUAUUAAGAAGUGUCACAGAUUGUGUGAUUUUAUGUGACUUUUCUUUGCUUUCUUUGUUCAGCUAAAACCUGAAGGUGAAGGAAUUUCCCCUGUCUAAAUAUUUAGGCUCAUCUCUCCUUCAUUUAGUUUCCCCAUCACAAAAAUGUUCAUGUUGUAUAUAAACCCGCCUGCAGUCAUUUUCACUGGAUAUUUCUUUCAGAAGCUUUUACUUUUUUCCAGAUGUCCCUGCAUCGGUAGAAGAUCCCAGAAAGAAAAACUGGAAUUUAUUCCAAGAUGUGUCGCAUGUACAAUUAUUAGCAUGAAAACUGUCUUGAAAUGGGAUUUUGUGAAUCUCUAAUGAGUGUAAAGGUGUUUUUUUAAUUAUGGAGCAUUUCUUUGCACAACUCUAUCCGCUUUUACAUGUAUUUUGUGUUCAUUAAUGUCGUGUUUCUUGUUGUUCUUCCUGUCAGCAGCAUGACUGACUGAGACUUUAAGCUUUAUCUGUCGACUAUAAAUGAAAAAUCUUUGCUUCAUCACAUCCUAUUGAUUAGAGCGGGGGAUGGAAAUGUCAAGGUCUGCUGCCCUUGAAUGGACUAAAUGUAUAAAUGGAGGAAUCACUCUUGCGAUGCAGCAGUGACUGCAUGCAAACACAGAAUCACUAAUCAAGCAUAUAUAUAUAAUAAACUACUUGCAAUGCA